AUGGCCAACCCAUUUUCUUUCGGUGCGCCGGCCUCCAGCGGCGCCUCAGGUGGAGGUCUCUUUGGAACUGCUGGCAACGCUUUUGGUUCCAAUCAGAAUAGCCCCAGCACCACUACGGGAGGUGGUCUCUUUGGCAAUGUAGGAGCUUCCUCUAGCGGCACUUCUACACCCUCGUUAUUCGGAUCGGCACCUGCGGCGGGAUCGGGCAAUACCUUGUUUGGUGGUGGUACAGGUGCUGCGAGCAGUGGCACACCGACUGGAAGCACGCCUGCGUUUAGUUUUGGAACUCAAACCAAGCCUGGUAGCACACCUCAGUCACCGUCCUUGUUUGGCAGCGGAUCGCAGACUCCCAAACUAGGAGAGACUCCUGCUUCUGGGCAAACAGGCGGCAACGCUCUCUUUGGGAACGCCGCAAAGCCUGCUGGUAAUAUAUUCGGAGGCGCCGCGGCGACUCCUGCGCCAUCCGGAGGCUCGCUCUUUGGCAACACUUCUACCACACCUGCUGGCCCUCCGCCACAGGGAAGCGCAGCCGGGCAGGGACAGUCGCUUUUCGGACAGGCAGCUCAGAAACCAGGUGGUCUCUUCGGCGGACUGAACGCAGCUACUACUUCACCUUCGACAGCCUCUCCCACAGCCACAACGGCGCCCGCGACUGCCGGGACGCCAACCCUUUUCGGGGGAGCUCAACAGUCACAAUCUACCGGAGGCGGUCUCUUUGGAUCGAACGCUCAACAAAAACCACUGUUUGGAACAACUCCAUCGGCACCCAGUGGCGGUGGUUUGUUCGGCAAUGCAGUCAUGGACAAACCUGCGGAAUCAACAACUCCAACCACCACCGCUGAUGGUGCUGCGAAACCCCUCUUUGGAGCUGUCCCGGCCGCACCCGCCGGGCAAGCUCAAGGCUCGUCACUCUUCAAGAUGCCAUCUGCUGGCGCCGAACCAGGGACGAAACCUGCUUUCCCGUCUCUCGGUACAGCUACCACAACCACGACCAGCCAACCCUCUACAGCCUUGACCACAUCAUCUGACACUCCGCAAAAAUCACUAUUCCCUAGUCUUGGAGGUACUACCUCCGCCACCCCAUCAGCUACACCAGCGGCUGCUCCGGCUGGAGGUGGCCUGUUUGCUGGACUGAAUGCGUCCAAGCCUGCGGAGACAGGUGCGGCAACAACCACCACCGCUCCCGCUUCUCAGCCCGCAGCGGCGACCGGCGGAUUGUUCGGUAAACCUGCUGAGAACACACCUUCUACGCAGGCUCCCAGCACUGCUGCGGGCGCUACUGCAACCACCGGUGGUGCCAAGCCAUCGCUCACAGCAACUUCCGGGCCGGCGACAUCGACAACCACCGCCACUACUGGAACCGCUGCCGGGACGGCCGCAGCGGCCGGAGGUACUGCUCUUGGUGCAUCGACUGUUGGCCCAACACCUCCGGCGCAGUCCCGCCUGAAGAACAAGACGAUGGAUGAGAUUAUCACAAGGUGGGCUACGGAUUUGACCAAGUAUCAGAAGGAAUUCCGAGAGCAGGCCGAGAAGGUUGCGGACUGGGACCGUAUGCUGGUGGAGAAUACUGCAAAGGUCCAGAAACUUUAUGGCAGUACAGUUGAUGCCGAUCGAGCCACACAGGAGAUUGAGCGCCAGCUCGCAUCUGUUGAGGGGCAGCAGGAGGAGCUUAGCUCGUGGUUAGAUCGGUAUGAGCGUGAGGUGGAUGAGAUGAUGUCGAAACAAGUGGGACCUGGCGAAACCCUACAGGGGCCGGAUCAGGAACGUGAAAGAACCUACAAACUGGCCGAGAGACUGUCCGAGCAGUUGGACGAAAUGGGCAAGGAUUUGACGAGCAUGAUUGAAGAGGUCAAUGGUGCUUCGGCUACCCUAAGCAAGACCAACAAGGCCGAUGAACCGAUUUCUCAAAUCGUGCGCAUCCUCAACUCGCAUCUUUCUCAACUGCAGCUCAUCGACCAGGGCACGUCUGAGCUUCAGGCAAAGGUCAGCGCCGCCCAAAAGUCCGGACAUGCAUUGUCAUCCCGGUUUGGUCAUGGAUUCAGCAGCUCUGGGAUGGGCGGCGGAAGUGCGGCGGAUGAUUUCUAUCGCUCCUACAUGGGACGGCGGUGA